AUGGUUAAGUAUUGUGCGGCUGCCCUUUGCGGAAACGGCACUCAUAAUAGGCCAGAUCUAUCCUAUUUUGUCUUUCCGAGCAGUAAUUCUAAGCAGUUAAAAGCUUGGAAAGUUUUUUGUCGUCGGGGAGAUGCAGAGUUUAAAACUCUGGUUGACGCGCGGAUUUGCUCCCUUCACUUCAAAUCUGAAGAUAUCAAGACAACCCUUACUGGUCGAAAGUCACUCGUUAAAGGUUCGAUCCCAUCUAUCUUUGAAGUUGAACAAGUUAAUAGUGAGGAAAGUAGCCGUUCAAGACGUUCUUUAAUGAGGAGUGAGAGAAAACGUAAGUCCGAUGUAAACACCGUUCAAGACGAAGCGCCUCAAAAAAGAUCAAACACUAGAGCUACUGUGGUAAAUGAAAGUGAACUUCCCGAAGAURUCCAGUCUUCAAGCGAUUCUGAUCUGCCAUUAAACUGUGAUUUUAAAGUCGAUAUCGAACACUGUUAYGCUAAAACCGAACACGUUCCACAGUGUUACGAGGUUAGCUGGGUCUUCCCUGAGAACAUGCAAAGCACAGCUUGUCAAACCGAUCUCACAAUGGCAAUGAUCGAAAAGCUUGAGAAAGAGUUUGAAAAUACGAAAAGCUGCUGUGAAAGUUUAAAGACAAARUUAACUGAUAAAAAAAAAUUAAAAAGAGAUCUCAACAUUGAAGAUAUGUUGCACAACGAUGAGUCAGUGAGAUUCUACACAAAUCUACCUAAUCUUCGCACCUUUGUGCUUCUGGUAGAGCUAAUAUCCCCAUAUGCCGAAAAGAUCAAAUAUUGGGAUAAGAAAAAGACAUCAACAUCAUAG